GAAAUUUCAAGGAGGCAUGCUGUGAUUAACCUGAACAUUAAAAAAAAUAAUAAAAAAAGAAUUUAUUUGAGCGAUACGGAGCCGUUUAUGGCUUCCCUGCGUGAAGCGUCAAGGCGAGAAGGUGAUGCUUGUGCUUCUCCUGCUUAAUUCUCUGGGUUAAAGUCUAUACUACGCUGUUUCUUCCCCAAACCCCAGCUUUGAACGUCUAAUUACACGCCUUCAUUGAUUCCUCAACGUCUAUUUUUCCCCGUCGUCUCACUUUCACCAGGGUCUAUGCACAUAGAGAAUCCUCUCUCCAUUGCUCACCCUCUCAUGAUCCAAAAACGAAAAGCCUCUUUCAUGACCAAACCCCUCUGAAAGUUUGAAGUAUCUACCUUUGACAUCACGCUAAGCCAAUCUGAUUAUUAUGUGUUAUCUUCUAAAAACUGCACAUAAACUGUUCGAUGAGAUCGCUAAACGAAACUUGCACAUAAGGAACUCCAUUUAUCGUUUGUAUUUCACUUCUACUCUCCAUGAAUAUACAGGCUAUAAAGACUCGGUCGAGUUUUAUCACGAAAAAGACAACGUAUUCUUGUGGACAUCUAAAAUUUCUGAACUGGUUAGAAAAAAGCAGCAUGAACGGGCAAUUGGGUUGUUCAAAACUAUGCUAUUGAGCGACCAAAGGCCAAACUUUGUGACAUUGGUGAGCUUAAUACGCGCCUUGGGUGCAUUCAGUUGCCAAGAAGUAAUACGGGUAGCACAUGCUUAUGUGAUAAAAUUGGGGUUUGAGCUAGAAGCUCCUGUUGUGACAGCUCUUCUUGGCUUAUAUUCCAUGUUUGAUAUUGGAAUAGCGUGUAAGUUAUUUGAGCAUUCACUGCAUAAGGAUGUGGUACUGUGGAGCGCAAUGGUGUCAGCCUGCGUUAAGAAUGAGAAGUAUAAGGAGGCCAUUCAUUAUUUUAGGAGAAUGCUUUAUUAUGGUAUGGAGACUAAUCACGUGACCGUUAUUAGUGUUUUACCUGCUGGUGCUCAUCUUGGUGGGUUAUGUUUCGUGAAUCAGAUUCAUGGGUUUUCUAUAAAAAGGGUAUUUUAUUCUUUAACAAAUGUUCAAAACUCGCUUGUGGAUGUCUACGCAAAAAGUGGGGAAUUGAAGGCUUCGAUUUCACUUUUCAAUGGAAUGUGGCAGAAGGAUUUAGUUUCGUGGAGGACUAUGAUUUGCAUGUGUAUUGAGAAUGAAUGUCCUAGAGAAGGAUUGAAUAUUUUCUUGAAGAUGCAAUAUUCUAACAUUGAACCAGAUGAAAUCAUUAUCCGGCAUGCAAUUUUGGCAUCAGUAAAAGCAAAAGAGAUUAAAUUUGGAUUGGGAUUUCAUGCCUGCAUAGAGAAAAAUGGAUUCUUGGCUUUUAUUUCAGUUGGCACCUCGCUUCUUCAAAUGUAUGCUAAGUAUGGGAAGUUUGGUUCAGCUAGGAUGGUAUUUGAUCAGCUGGAUAAUAAAGAUCUCAUUGCAUGGAGUGCAAUAAUCUCAGUACAUGCUCGAGGAGGGCAACCUCAUGAUGCCUUGAGUGCAUUUAAGCAAAUGCAAUCCAUAAAUGAGAAGCCUAAUAAGGUCACAUUUGUUAGCCUUUUACAAGCAUGUACUGCACUAGGUGCUCAGGAGCUUGGAGAAAGCAUCCAUGGGUUUGUAACUAAAGCAGGUUACUCAUCCAAUAUUUAUUUGAAAUCCUGCUUGAUUGAUUUAUACUGCAAACUUGGAAGGAUAAAGCAAUGUAAGGCGCUUUUUGAUGAAACUUCCACCAAAGAUGUAGUAUGUUGGAGUUCAAUGAUUAAGGGAUAUGGGUGGAAUGGGUAUGGAUUUGAGGCUCUUGAAACAUUCUCCAAAAUGUUGAAUUGUGGAGUCAAGCCCAAUGAUACUGUUUUCCUUUCUGUUUUAUCUGCUUGUAGUCAAUGUGGGCUAGAGCAUGAAGGUCGCCGUUGGUUUUACUCUAUGCAAGAAAAGCAUGGAAUCACUCCAAAACUUGCACACUAUGCUUGCAUGGUGGAUUUGCUAAGUCGCCAAGGGAAUAUUGAGGAAGCUCUUAAAUUUGUAAAGGAAAUGCCAGUGGAGCCCGACAAAAGAAUCUGGGGAGCUCUUCUUGCUGGUUGUAGAUCAAAAUGUGAGGGGUCAACUAAGGUGGCAGAGUUUGUGUUCCAACAGCUCAGUGCCCUCGACCCAGAAGACACCAGCUGUUAUGAGACUUUAUGAGACUUGUAUGCAGAUGGGGGUAGAUAGAAAGAUGUCGAAAGGCUUAAAAAUUUAGUGGAUGAGAAGGCAUCUGCAAAGAGAACAUGUGCAGCAUAAUGGAAACAACUUAAUCAUUGUACAUUAUUUCCAGUUAACUAAUCAUAAAAGGAACUAGCAACACCAGCCUAUUAUGUUAUCACUACGAUGUGGAAAUGAUGUAAAUCAAAGCAAAGUACAUCAGAAUCUACCAUGGAGGGAAAGGAAGUCUUGAAGUAAAACCAGCUCCAUACAAUAACACAAGGGAGAGAUGAAAGUCGGACUCAAAUUCAUUACCAAUGUAAGUUCCAUGUUUAUGAAAUUUUCAAGCAUUUCUGUGAUCCUUGUUUGGAAACUUUGCCAGGAACAGACUAGAUUGGAGAUUUGGAACAUAAGGUCUGCUCAACUUGGUUUAGUAACUGUAUGGGCACAGGACUUGUAGUUGAGGAGUCCUUGAUUGAUUGCUGAAAUUUGCUCAGUAACUUCAUGGGCAAGAAUACCUAUUAUUUUAGCAAUGGUUAUGAGGGAGUAGACUUUCUAUUGUUUUGCAAGUUAAAGUUUGUUCAUACGUUUGCUUAAUAAAGAAAUAUUUUGACC